UGCAAUGUUUUAAUCGCUGACGUUUGAAAUUUGCUAAUUGGCUUUGGCCUGGAUAUAAGCAGACCAACGGUUGUCCGAACAGACCUAUAAUCCAUGGACUCAAGCCUAGCAGAAAUUUUUGGCGCCAUCUGUAGCAGCCAGCCAGUGUGUCCUGUGGAAGACUGCACAAGUUCAGCAACUUCUUUGCCGCCUGAGGAUGAUGCUGGCAAUAUUGAAUACAAGUUGAAACUUGUGAAUCCAACUAAGUCAAGACUGGAGCAUUUGGUCACUCAACUGAAGUAUCGUCUGGAGGAAGGUCAGGGUGAAGCAAUCUAUGAAAUAGGAGUCGCAGACAAUGGCAUGAUGGCUGGUGUGUCAGAAGAUGAACUGCAGUCAUCUCUAAAGACGCUUCACAAAAUGGCGUGCAAACUGGAAGCCACACUCACAGGCAUAAGGAAAUAUUCUAUUGAUGUUGGUGAUGAUGGCCCUCAACGAUAUACAGCUGAGGUUCUAGUAAGGAGAGUUCCUGAAGGGCAGCAAUUCAUUGAGCUUCGCAUUGCUGUAUUGGGUCACGUAGAGGCUGGUAAAAGUACUUUAGUGGGUGUUCUUACACAUGGUGAAAUGGAUAAUGGACGUGGUCGUUCUCGGCUGAAUCUUUUCAGACAUUUACAUGAGAUUCAAAGCGGUCAUACAUCUAGCAUUUCUCAUGAGAUUCUGGGAUUCAGUGACUGUGGCCAGGUCAUAAACUAUUCAAAUUCACGAUCGACUGAGCAAAUUUGUGAGUUGUCUUCAAAGCUGGUUACACUGAUUGAUCUUGCUGGCCAUCAGAAAUACAUGCGCACUACAGUUUUUGGCCUGACGUGCUACCAACCUGAUUUUGCGAUGCUCGUUGUUGCUGGAAAUGCAGGCAUUGUCGAGACUGCUCGAGAACACCUUGGAUAUGCUGUAGCAUUGAAAAUACCAAUUUGUAUAGUGGUGACAAAAAUCGACGUUUGUCCAGCAGCUGUGGUGUCCAGAACGCUUGAACAAAUUCAGAGAACACUGAAGUCACCAGGCUGCAAUAAGGUACCUCUCUUGAUCAGAACUGAAGAUGAUGUAGUUUCUGCAGCAACGAACUUCAAAUCGGACAGUGUUGCCCCUAUUUUCACUGUUUCGAAUGUGACUGGGAAGCAUAUUGACUGGAUUUUAAAAUUCUUGAAUGUCAUGCCUUCUACUCGAACAAGAGCAGAGCAGGAUAGUUUGGAGCAAGAGAAGCUGGAAUUCCAGAUUGAUGAAACAUUCUCGGUUCCUUCUGCUGGGACAGUGGUGGGUGGGAAGAUGCUUAGGGGAGUAGUUAGAGAAGGAGAUUCUUGUAUCAUUGGUCCUGACGAUGCUGGCCAGUUUAGCUCAGUCACUGUCAUAUCAGUUCACUGCAAUCGUUCACCAUGUCGAAUGGUGAGAGCUGGCCAACCUUGUUGUUUGGCGAUAGUUGGGAAAGACAGAGAAGAGAUUAGGAAGGGCAUGGUUGUAUUGAGUGGAGAUAACAAAUGUCUACCUGUUUGCCGUGAAUUCGAAGCCAAAAUGUUUAUCCUUUAUGGUGAGGGUGCAGUGAGAGUUGGCUUUGAGGCAACCGUUCAUAUCGGUGGAGUCAUGCAGACAGCAGCUGUUGUGAGCAUGGGUGAACAAGAGGAACUCUACACUGGAGAUGAGGCAACAAUCCAUUUACGAUUCAUCAAGCAGCCAGAGUAUGUUACAAGUGGAUGUCGGUUGCUCUUUCGUCGCGGGCAGUUUAAAUCUAUGGGCACUGUAGGAAAGCUGUUUCCUCUUGAUGACCGACUAUGUGUAUAACAACUUAGUGCUUUUUUGUACAUAGGCUACUUAAUUUAUUUUUAUUGGCUACUGGUUUUACAAGUCUUUUCACGUAAAUAUACAUGUACCAGUAUUUGAGCACAACUGUUCAUUGUAUCAAGUGCACUUUGCAUGUAAAUGGUACUUGAACUUUCAAAGGUAUCUCUACAGAAUGGCAACAAGGAUCGCCAGUAUUCAUU